CGCCGCAACGUGGAUGAUUCGACAACAAGGUGGGCAAAGAAAAGACACCAAGGUGACGUGGAGAGGAUCGAGGAGGCGAAAGAAAUUCAGUAGGCAUCCCUAGGCUAGGUCUACUUGUAAAUAUGUAAAGAAGGAUCAGAAAAUGGAGGCAAAUCAAGUUCUUUUUUCUCCAGACGAUGGAAAAUUUAUUUCAGGUGAUGAGAAAGACACACUUUUAUUACCUAAACAUCAAAUCGGUGACACGACUUCGCUUCAAAUAUCACUUGAAAACGAUGAGCUGAAACAAAACGCUGAAGUUUGGAAUGACAAAGAACAGUGGCAGUGGACGAUUUCGCUCUUUAUUGGAACCAUGUUGUUGUAUGCUCAAAGGACUGCUUUGCCUUUAUGUGCUGUUAGUGUUGCCACCGAAUUUGGAUGGGACAAAGCCCAAACAGGACUUGUUCUAAGUUGUUUCUUCUGGGGAUACACAAUGACCCAAAUCAUUGGAGGCUACACGAGUGAUAAGGUCGGCGGUGAUCAGGUGAUCUCAAUGGCCAUGUUGGUUACAGGAGUGAUCACUCUGAUCACGCCAGAAGCAGCGUAUUAUUUUGAUGAUAAAUCCAGCACUCUGUCUCUUCUCAUACUGCUAAGAUUUUUCAUGGGAAUGUCUCAAGCAUUUCAUUAUCCUGGAAUGACAAGUCUGAUGUAUAAGAGAGCCCAGCCGGAAGACAGAUCAUGUGUCAUAGGAGUAGUAUAUGCCAGUGGGUAUGCCGGGUCUGUGAUGUCUGGAAGCUUAGGAUCCAUACUGCUUGAAGUAUUUGAUUGGCACGUAGUUUUCCACGUAUUUGGCCUCGCUGCACUUGCAUGGGCAUUGUACGUGCGUACUUACAUGUUAAAGAAACAGUCAGUUAUAGUAAUCAAUCAAAAUGGUGUUAAUAGAGAGAAGAAACGCUUGAAUAGAAACGCAGAACCAAUUCAGUGGAAGAAACUAUUAAAACACAAAGCAUUCUGGGCUCUGUUGACUGGUCAUUUUUGUGGUAACUAUGCAUUAGGUAUUCUUUUGUCCUGGCUUCCAACUUUCUUCACUGAAACUUUUCCAGGCAAGAAGGGCUGGGUGUUUAAUGUUCUUCCAUGGUUGGUAGCUAUCCCAUUUUCUGUUUGUUCUGGAGUGCUAGCUGAUAAACUCAUAUCUUCUGGACAUUCUGUAGGAAUUGCCCGCAAGUUAAUUCAUAGUAUAUCAAGCAUCUUAUUAAUAUUUCCGCUUUUUAUUGUUGGGUUUUCAAGUUCGUUUCAAGUUUGCAUCUUUUUAAUGAUGAUGGCAGUAUCUGGCCAGGCAUUUGCAAACGGCGGUAUAAUUAACAAUCCUAAUGAUAUAGCUCCUAAAAAUUCUGGUUCUGUUUUUGGCAUUAUGAAUACAUUUGGUGCAAUAAGUAGUUUUGUUGGUACGUAUGUUGCCGGCUACAUUCUCCACCAUACAAACAGCUGGGCUGCCGUCUUCAUGUCCGCAGCCGGUGCAAUCCUUAUAGGUUGGGUUUCGUUUGUAUUAUUUGGUACAGGGAAGAGAAUCAUUUGAAAUGCUCAGCCUUGCCAUUCAACAUAGAUACCUCAUUGGCAAAAUUGUCAAAAUUAUUUUAGCUCUCUUGAUGUGUGAAAAGGAUAUUGAAUUUAGGAAUUUUGGCCACGCUAGGCUACCUUUUAAAAUGUGACACCCUAAAGUCAUGUUCACAUGGCAUUAAUUCCGACAAAGGUUAACACUACCUUCAAAUUGAACCACCGUUUACACUUCUACAUAAAUAUGCAGUCCCCCCCCCCCCCUUGGAAGGACCUGGCUACGGGCCUGCCAAGGGGGUAUUCUAAUCAUGGAUACAUUCAGUUCAGAGAUUUAGCAGAGUUGCGCUAUUGGAUUUUCCUGCUCUAGAAAAACAGUUUGUUUUCUUGUAGGGAAAUAUUUACUCUUAAUGAAUGGCUUGGGUAAUUUCACUAUCAAAAAUGCAGUCUUUAUACACUAGGUUAUUUUUGGUCAAAUUGAUUUACCAAAAAAGAAUAAGGCUUACGACAUGCAGAAACGUGUAUUUCCAGGCUAGUUAGAGAUGUGUUAUUAAUGUUGUCUUUUAGUCUUAGUUUUUCAACCUGGCCUAAAGGCCUAUUUUAUACAUCAUUUGAGAGCCUAAAAAGACCAAUCAAAGAUAUCAUUCCAUUCAAACAUGCUAUACAGUUUAUAUGGGUCAUUACAAUGUAUUGAUUAUGAAAUGGAGGGGUUUUGAUCAUAAUUAGACCAAAUGUAUAAUAAUGGUGAAUAUUUAAAAAUUUAAAUUGUACAUUAUGUUUCAAUUCAUCCUUAUUAUCUUGUGGAAAUGUUGUGUAUAUGGAUCAUAAUUCAUUUAAAUGACGAAUAUACAUUUAUCAUAAUUUUUACAAGAAUGUAAUGGUAGAAUUUGCUGUACAGUUUUACAAAUUUUAAAGAAAAUAUUUGUUUACAUUUAAGUGAAAGUAUAGAAUAUGUGAAUUAUUUAUUCUUAUAUUUAAAAUAUUUAUGAAUUGAAAGUGUUGUGAAUAUCGGAAAUUGUUUCUCCUCAACAAGGCUGAAUUAUGACAUAUAAUAUUAGGUACAUUAAAUAUAAUAAUUAGUUUAAUAAGCUAUAAAUAAUAUUAAGUUAAUACAAGAUAAAUGUGGCGCUACUUAAGAUGCUAAUCCUACUUUAGAAACCAUUUCAUUAUACAGUACUUUAUAGAAACAAUUACAAUUAUUUAUUGAACUUUGUUAAUUGAAUGCAUAAUGAUUUCUGAAAAACAUUUGUAAAUCACAUAAUCUAAUCAUGUAGACCAUGAUUAGCUCAUGAACCAUAGGGACCUGUCCUGUCCCUUGGAUAUUGUUGGGUGAUUUAUUCUCUGUAAACAUCGAAGAUCACCCACAAGUCUGAAGAAGACUUGUUUCCAGUGGAGUCCUUCUGGUGGUGAUCGGCAGUAUACAGGGAGACAAUCCCCUACACUUUCCCAAAGAGUGUACUGCGUUCCCUACACUUUCCCAAAGAGUGUACUGCGUUCCCUACACUUUCCCAAAGAGUGUACUGCGUUCCCUACACUUUCCCAAAGAGUGUACUGCAUUCUUCAACAUGCUCAUGGGCCAUAAUGCACAUGGGACCAAGGGCUUAAACGUCACAUCCAAAAGACUGUGCGCUAUCGUAAAUUGCAUUCAGUUCAGCCCACCAACUGAAAUAAAAGCAGCGAUGAGAAUUGACCAGGGGACCAAGUGAACUCUGCGGUUCAGCGCACACGCAGUGGCUACCACCACUUUAGCCAACUGAGCUAAACCGCUCUUUGGUCCCACAAAAACAGUUGUGUAACUGUAGGUAAACAAAUGCCUGUCUGGGACAACACAAGUGUUUGUAGGACACGCAUGUACAGUAUUCCUUGCAUUGUUAUGAUUGGUCAGUUGCUAAGUUUGACGGACAUUCCGAAACGGUCCAUUAUAGACUUGUUUAUGUUCUUCAUUUCAAAUUAUGUUGUUGUGAUAAGCUAAUGUUAAUCACAUGACUAUUUCAUCAGCUCAGCUCUUCUAUCACAGUAUAAUAAAUCUAAAAUUGUAUUAUGAAAUGCAUGUAUAAAAUAAGUGUAAGUGAGGUUAAGAAAACAUCUUUGCCUUUACAGUAUUUCUAAUGUUCAACAAGACACAGGGUCGCAACAUCUUACUUUGUAGUACAGAUGUGUUUGCAAUCAUCGGAUCAAUCAAUUUGCCAUGUUUUAUUUUUUUAAGCGUAGUUGCAAAUAUAUGUUAGUGAUAGUUGACUCUAGUAUUAGCGUGGAUAGCACCUUUGGCUGAUUUUUUUUAGUGGAAAUGUUUAGUUUUACUACGAACAUGCCUUAAUGACUGGUUACAAUCUGUUAUUGGUGAUAGUAUUUUAGCAAUUAUAACAAAACAAGUUUUAUCGAAGUAGUUGCUUAUUUUGAUAGGUACACAUAUAUUUUGCAAGUCAAAUGUACAUAUCUGUAAUAAGAUAUUAUAGUCUCAAUUAAGGAACUGGUGCUACUGAAUUUAAGUUGUUUAUAAUUAAUAAAUGAAAACCACAUUAAAAUUAUGAAUAUGGAGUAAAUAUAUAUUGAUGGAACAAUAUUUGAAUCUUCUACUCCUGUUGUUAGGAACUUGUGCAACUGAAUUUAAACAAUAUAUUUGCAUGAGUUUACUAUUAAUUAAAGAUAACUACAUUUAAAUAUGGAUAUUGAACUAUAAAUAUUGGAAUAUAAAUAUUGAUGAAAGUACAUAUGGAACAAAUAAUUAAUUGAAUCUU